AUGAAUAGAUAAUAGUAAUAAAGACAUUCACGUUAAAAUUGCUAAAUUUGCCAUAAGUCAGUCCAAGCAGAUCGAUUGGUACUAAAUAAAUCUAGUCAAGGUUGCACAUUAAACACAAUGUUUAAUGUAAUAAAGAGAGAGAAGAACAUAGCAAUAACAAUAAUAAUAAUCAAGGCAAUAAUAUUAUUAGCAAUAAAGAUAGCCUUAAUAAAGAAUAAAUAAUUCUCAUAAUCAUAAUAGAAAUUAUAAUAUCCAAUACAGUCAAGAUAGUUCUGAUAGUGAUUAAGAUGGAAUGGUUCAAUUUCCAAAUUUUAAUUGUAAUUCAAUUUAAAAAGUAUAGAAAUUUUUGGGCCAAAUUCUUAAUUUCAGAGAUCAAUGGACAAUAUGAGACAUUAAAUGAAUGAGGCUUUCAAUAUUAAGUAAAAAUAAACAAUUAUUCUAGUUUAAAUUUUGGUUCUGAUUCAUUUUAAUUUAAUCUACAAACUAAUGGAGGUUAGAGAUAACAUAUUUAAAUACGAAAUAUAGGGCCAGGAAUUCAAGUCUAAUAAGUUUUUAAUAUGCCUAAUGUAUAAUUCUAUUAUGGUGAUGAUGACGAUGAUGAUGAAGAUGAAAACUAUUAAGAAAAUUAAUUUUAUUAAGAUUAAGAGCCAGAAGUUGAGGAAAGAAGAUAAGCAUAACCCAUGAGAUCGAGUGAAAUUAAAUAGAUACCAACAUAAAAAUAUAUACCUAACUAGAAAAAUUUAAAUUGUGUUGUUUGCAUGAUUGAUUUUAAAAAAUCUGAUAAUGUCAAGUAAACAGUUAUAUUAAUAAAACAAUAGAAUAUUGGAAUGUUUUCACUAGUUUCAUGCAAAGUGUAUUGAUUAAUGGUUGAAAUAGAAAGGAGAAUGCCCUGUAUGUAGACACUAAUUAAAUUGAA